GCCUCUGAGCAGCAGCAGCCGCAGCCGGGUGAGCUUCGCCUCGUCCUCACGUUGUGCCACUUCUUAUCUUACAAUUCUUACUGGUCUGUCAAUGUGAAAAAAAAUACUGUAGCCAAGUUUACAUUUCACUGCAGAUAUACUUGGAAAUAAUCUCGACCUUUUACAAGCGCGUGUUUCUCUUCUGCUCGGACGGAAUAAAGUCUCGACCGUCGCUGACAUUCUAACUAGGGAAAGUGUUCGUUGUGUGGCUGAAACAACUCCAAGACAGCGUUUAACUAGCCCUAUGAGAAUGGACUCACAGUGAAGUUAUUCUACAUCAUCUUCAAAUCACACCAACACUCAGCCCCUCCCCCUGACCAGUCCCUCCCUCUAUAGGACUAAGGGAGGCGUGGAUUGGAUGGACCUCCACCGUCCCUCUUUUAAGAUGGACAGCUCCUCCUACCUGCCCAGUCCCCUGGCCUCCCCAGCCCUGAUGGUGCUGGCCUCCACAGCUGAGGCUGGCCACGAUUCCUCCAUCCCCUGCCAGGCCCCACGGCCUUUCGGUGUCCCCAUCUCUGAGAAGGACCUCCACCUCCCCUUCCCCUCCGGCUCCUACACAUUUGCCUCCAUGUACCACCGCCAGGGGCCCGUCUCCAGCCAUGGCAACUUCCCCGCCAGAGACUUCCCUGCCUCCCUGCUCCACCUCCACCCCCAGUUCCACCCCCCCAAUCUGGACUGCUCAUCUCUAGAGAUGCUCAACCACAGCGGGGUGGGCGCCUUCAGACCCUUCUCCUCCCUGCCCGAGGAGAGGGAGGUCAGGGGUUAUCAGUCAGCCUUCACCCCUGCUAAGAGGCUCAAGGGCUGCUAUACCGAUUCGGAAAGGAAGCAGUAUGAGUUUGGAGGAGGGCGUAUUCUGUCUGGUUCGCCGUGGUCGCUCAAAGCCGCUGAGGAUUCUGGGAGGAAGUUGUUUGCGGUGUCUGGCCUGCUGUCAGACAGUGAGGCCUUGUCUAGUCCUGAGGACCGUAAGGAUGGCUGUAAGGGGAACAUCCUGUAUGACUCCCAGGCCCCAGUGUGUCCUGUGUGCCAUGCUGUGUUACGACCAGGUGAGCUACAGGAGCACAUGGAGCAGGAGAUGGGCAGACUGACACAGUUACAAAUCAGUAUUAAUUCAGUGCAGAGGGACAAUCCAUUAGGGGCUUCAAAGUCCCUCUCACUAUCUCUGCACAUUAAACGUGAGGGGGGAUCUCCCGCCUCUCCCCCCUGCCCACCUGAAGACCCCCACUCAGACAGAUACCAGACGUUUCUUCGUGUGAGGACCAACAGACAUACAAGACUGAAUGUCGAUUACCUCCGCUGGUGCAUGUGCUACGCCAAACCCACCCCAUUUCAUCUCCACAACGAAACUCCCCUAACCCCAGACAGCACACAAACUGUCAGGAUCGGCAAGCUGAAGAGGAGGAAAGCUGACGAAGUUCAGGACAUUUUGGUCGACCUGGGAGGAGAGGGGGAGCAGUGGAGGGAGCGGAGGAGGUUACAGAUGACCUCCAUGCUGGGGGGGUUUAAAGGGUCGGUAUUUGUGAGCAGCAGCACAUCUAAUGAGGGCCGUGGUGACAGUGAUGCUGACCUGGACGUUGAUGGAGACGACACCGUGGACUACGGAAGAGCACAAUAUACAGAGGCAGACAUCAUCCCCUGUUCACAACGGGAGCCCAGGGAGGUGGAGGAGAGGAAAGCACCGAGGGGGGCUGUUUUAAAUGUUGGAACUCUGGACCAUUCAAAAUGGACAAAUGAGGGAUGUCCAUCCACCAGCAACGGAGAGCGCAACAAACUGGACAACAGCAUUACCUCCGUACACAGGACCUGUAAAAACUGUGACAUAGAGAUGGUCUCUGAGGAUUCGGCACUCACGACGCUCGAUGCACUAAAAACCCGGAUACGAGACCUAGAGAAGCAGAUGUCCAGAGGAGACAGAUACAAAUGUCUCAUCUGUAUGGACACAUAUUCUACACCCCUCACCUCCAUCCAGUGCUGGCACGUCCACUGUGAGGAGUGCUGGCUCCGCACACUGGGGGCUAAGAAGCUUUGUCCACAGUGUAACACCAUAACUUCACCUGGGGACCUGAGACGGGUGUAUCUGUAGCCCGGCGGGGCCGGGGAAGCACAGACCUUUGAGGGGGACAUAAAGGGCAGCUGGCCUGUCAGAGAUCACCUUGUCUUUGCACCUUAACCCCCACCCACCCACCCACCC